AUGCCGCCAGCGAGAGGCACUACAGCCGUCGUCGCUGGGCCAGAUGUCGAGACAACACCGCUGCUCAGACACAGCGAGGUCCAGGCCAGCGAUGAUCCUGAUGUAGUUCAUUGGGGCGGCCCAGAUGACCCCGAGAAUCCUCUCAAUUGGAGUGCUAGGAAGAGAUGGCUCAAUAUCAUCCUGCUGUCCUACAUGACCUUCCUAACACCGUUUGCAUCCUCGAUGUUUGCUCCAGGUAUUCCCCAGGUCCUCAAGGACUUCAACUCACACAGUAUUGAGAUGGCAUCUUUAGUCGUGUCGGUUUACGUCCUCGGCUACGCUUUUGGUCCCCUGGUUAUUGCGCCGUUGAGCGAGGUGUAUGGACGAAAGCCGUUGUACAUCACGACAUCGAUCUUGUUUCUGAUUUUCACCCUCGGAUGUGGAGUAUCUAUGAAUAUUGGGAUGCUGGUGGCUUUCCGAUUUCUGGCUGGAACUGCCGGCUCGUGUCCUAUUACUGUAGGCUCGGGAACGAUUGCAGAUACAUUCAGGCAGGAGGAACGAGGUAGGAUCAUGGGCCUGUGGCAGUUCUCGGUCCUGUUUGGUCCAAGUCUAGGACCAGUCCUGGGUUCCUGGAUUGCCGAAUCGUACGGCUGGCGAUGGGACUUCUACGUGCUUGCAAUUUGCACGGCUGUCUAUAUUGGUUUAGCCAUCCCCUUCCAGGACGAAACGUACCCUGUGUUGCUAUUAGAAAGAAAGGUAGAGCGCCUCCGAGCAGAAACAGGCAACCAGCAGCUUCGGUCUGCAUUGGCAACCUCAGCUAAAUCGCCGCGACAUUUGCUUUUCAUCUCGAUUACCCGUCCGAUCAAACUUUUGUGUGGUUCACUCAUUGUUUUCGGGUGCUCACUUUACGUCGCUGUGGGCUACGGCUACAUGUAUCUCAUUUUUUCCACCAUCACCCGGGUCUUCUUGGAUCAAUACCAUUUCAAUCGAAGCACGGUUGGGCUUGUUUUCCUUGGGGUUGGGAUCGGUCAGUUCAUCAGUCUGGGCUUAUUCAGCGUCUAUUCGGACAAGUUACUCCAGAAACUGGCAAAGGCAAAAGGAGGCCAGAUGAAGCCGGAAUAUCGACUACCCCUUCUCUGGCCAGGCGCCGUUUUGGUACCGGCCGGCUUACUCGUCUACGGGUGGUCAGCCGAGUACAAGCUCCAUCCCAUUAUCCCAAUUAUCGGAACUGGACUCCUUGGUGCCGGCACUCUCUGGACGUUGCUACCCAUCGGAAUCUAUCUGGUAGACGCUUUCACCGUAUACGCAGCGAGCGCAACAGCGGCCACCACGGUCCUGCGGAGCAUUCUCGGAGCCUUAGUUCCACUUGCUGGUGCUCGAGUCUACGACGUGUUGGGUCUGGGCUGGGGAAAUACCGUCUUGGCUGGUGUGUCCGUGGCACUGACACCAUUGAUCUGGGUUUUCAUUCGGUACGGCGAGGUGCUCAGGAAUCACCCCAGGUUUGAGGUGAAGCUGUAA